GCUGGCAUUAACAAUUUCUAACAAUUUUAAUACGCUUAUCAAAUUGUAUUUUAUUUAUGUCUAUUUUCGAAUAUACAUAAAUAUACCCAUAGAUAGGUAAUUAAAACGAUAAGUUUGGGAACAUACAAAUUAAAACUCGAUAAGAGUAAGUCAAAUAUGAAGUUACGUAUCAAUUAGCUUUCAAGCGCGCUGUGCUGCUGGCAACAAUAGCUGCCAGCUAUAGCUCACACGUACGAAGUGGGCGGCGCUUAUCCUUUUUGCUACCCUUGGAGGAUACUUUGAAGCGGAAGUUGACUGAGGGUUGCACUGCAGCUGCAACCAAUCAGCGCAACGCGUUGUUUGCUUCAGGUGUGGCGCCAAUAUUUUUUUAUUAACCACAAUUUUAAGCACCUUCUUGUCGAUUUUAAUGCGGCACAUAAUUUGUGACGCGCAAGAUAAGCGCAAACGCUUGACCAAGACAAGCGACCGGUCAGUUUCGAAGUCGGAAGUAACGCCAGUUUCAGUCACUCGUCGAUUAUCCAAGUGUUAAGUUUAGCCGGUGCUCGAUCCGUGCGCCCAAAAUGCUGCAGCAAAACCCAUCAUCGCCGCUCCAUGCGGAACAGUUUAUCAAAUCUUCGAAUUCCACGCCGACAGCGACACCCGCACCCGCAUCCGCAACCGCAACCGCACCCAUACACACGGUGCUUGCGACGCCGCAGCGUCCGUCAUCUCCGCGCCAAUUCUUCGAGCGUCUUUACGGGCAUCUCGAGACGCGGACGCACAACAGUGAGAGCGGCGACAUUGAUGUGGGCACACACGCCGAGACGCCCUACCAGAGCGACGGAGGCAGCGCAUCCUCGCCGGACAUUUCGAUAAGUGAUGAGCGCGUCUCAUUAGUCAGUUUUCCGUCAUAUGAAUUGCAUGCGCCUACGCCGGAUUACAGCGCGUACGGCGCCAUUGCGAACGCAACUUUACCGCCGGCUCUAUCAUUUCCGGCCUUUUCGGCUGAUCCGCAUAUUAACGCCGGAUUUUCAGCAUUUUUGGCUCGACGUCGCCGCAAGGAGGGACGCCAGAGACGGCAGCGCACCACGUUCAGCACGGAGCAAACACUGCGACUGGAGGUGGAGUUCCAUCGGAACGAGUAUAUAUCGAGAAGUCGUCGCUUUGAGCUGGCCGAGACGCUGCGCUUGUCGGAGACACAAAUCAAAAUCUGGUUUCAAAAUCGUCGCGCCAAGGAUAAACGCAUCGAGAAGGCGCAAAUCGAUCAGCAUUACAGGAACUUUGUCGUGGCCAAUGGUUUUAUGAGCACAAUUAUGGGCCAGACGAGUUACGCGACGUCUGCGCCGGCGACCAGCUCUGCGGCAGCGACGGCGGCGGCCAUGCUAGGCAGCAGCUACUAUGCAGCGACGCCGGCGCUGCUGCCGUCAACGCUCGUAAAUAAUGCGCGUCGUGCGGAUGUUAAUUAUGUUGACAUUGAGGCACAACACCAACAACAACAACAACACCACCACCAAGUGCAUCCUGACCAACAGCAGCAGCAGCAGCAGCAGCAGCAGCGACGCAGCCGUUUUGUGCCUCCGCCAACGCUUAUUAAUUCGUGUUAAGUGAAUUCUUGUUUUAAGCUGAUUUAAAUGCGUCAAAUAAACUAAGUUAAAUGAAACAAAACG